AUGAAUAGGCAAUGGAAUUUGGCUUAUAAAGGUAUAGAUAUCCCGUCUAUUCGCUUCCCCUUGUGUGAUAAUUCUGUCGAGAGUUGUGAUCAUGUUUUUGGUUCAUAUGAGGUCGCUUCUUAUGUAUGGGCGGGUGCCUCUAGUUGGCUACAAGUUGUUCUUUUGGCUUCACAUAGACCAGCUGAGUUGUUACAGUCCGUUGAUAUGAUGCAUAUUUCCAUGGAAAAAAAGCGUGUUGUUGAAGCUAUUGUCUUUUGUGGCUGUUGGUCUAUUUGGAAGUUUCGUAAUGAUAAGGUGUUUAACAAGGGGAAGCAAAGAAAGGAGUACAUCAUCGAUAGCACCAUUGCCUAUUCAUACUUGUGGGUAUCUAAUGGAAUUAAAAAGAAACACAUGUCGUGGGUGGAGUGGCUUUCUAAUCCUCUCUCUUUCGUUUAG